AUGGAGAAAGCAGAAAUCACACCUCCAGCUAGUGUUGCUGAGAGAAUCAACGCCACUUCAUGUGUGAGGGCUGGAGUGCACAGUGUCCAGGUCAGGACAGGCACAGGUGAGUCACAGCUGGUGUGGGGUUCCACAGAGUGUGCUGGGAUGGCACUGCAGGAGCUGCAGCCUGAAGUCCAUGAUGUCCAUGUCAGCAGGAUCACAAGAGUGUGGUUAGUGGAUCCAGGCCAGGCUUGCGAGAUCACUGAAGGCCAACGUAUUCUGGCAAUAUGCGUGCAAGGAGUACAGCACCAUGGCAGGUCCUCACGUGUGGCACAGGUCACUUAUGCUAUCAAAAUUGAUGGAGAAACAUACACUCUUCAUCUUGAAAAACAGUCAUUUUUAGACCCUCGUUUCCUGGUAUAUUCAUAUAGCAGCUCAGGAACAUUGCAUCCAGAUUCUUCAUUUAUAAAGGACUAUUGCUAUUAUCGAGGAUAUGCUGCAGAGAUUCCAAAAUCAGUCGUGACACUUAGCACCUGUUCUGGACUCAGAGGAUUAUUGCAGUUGGAGAAUGUCAGUUAUGGAAUUGAACCAUUGGAAUCUGCAGCUAUGUAUGAGCAUAUAAUUUAUCAAAUAAAGAAUAAUAAAAUUGAUUUUUCUUCUUUAGAAGAAAAUCAUCCUACAAUCCAAACUGCAAAUCAGUCCUAUAAGAUUCUUGUGCAGUCAGAAAAAAAAUCAGAUGUUGGACUAAUGAAAAAAACUCUGAAAAUACAGAUCAUUAUGGAUAAAGCCUUGUUUGAUUAUAUGGGCUCUGAAGUGGCAGUUGCAGUGGAGAAGGUUGUCCAUAUCUUUGGUCUCAUCAACACUAUAUUUUCCCAGCUAAAAGUGACUUUUAUGUUAACAUCUUUGGAGUUCUGGUCUGAUGAAAAUAAGAUUUCAUCUGAUGGGGAUGCUAGUGAAGUCCUGCAAAGAUUUGUGUCAUGGAAAGAAAAAUUUUUGUUUCAAAGGUCCCGUGAUAUGGCAUUUUUAUUAGUUUACAGGAAUCAUUCUGAUUAUUUGGGAGCAACAUAUCAUGGAAUGGCAUGUGAUCCAAAACUUGCUGCAGGAAUUGCUCUGUAUUCAAACAGGGUAACUUCAGAGUCAUUCUCAGUUGUUAUGGCCCAGUUGCUUGGAAUUACUCUGGGAUUCACAUAUGAUGACAUCUAUCAUUGUUACUGCCCAGGAGCUACAUGCAUUAUGAAUCCUCAAGCGAUACGCUCUGAUGGUGUCAAGUUGUUUAGCAGUUGCAGUGUGGAUGCAUUUAAACAUAAAGUUUCACAACCAGAAUUAAAAUGUCUUCAGAAUCAGACUGUUUCAAAACUGGUUGUCCAAGGAAGGCAAGCAACGUGUGGCAAUGGAAUUAUAGAAGUUGGAGAGCAAUGUGAUUGUGGCUUUUCUGAGACAUGCGCCUUUAAAAAAUGCUGUGAUCCUAGUACUUGUACACUGAUUGGAUAUGCAGAAUGUGGCACUGGACCAUGCUGCAGUAAAAAAACUUGUAUGAUUAUUGAUAAAGGAAAACUAUGUCGGAAAAGCACAGAUCCAUGUGAUUUUCCAGAAUAUUGCAAUGGAAUGUCUGAGUUUUGUGCACCAGAUGUGAAAGCCGCGGACUUAGAGCCAUGUAGUAAUAAGACCACCUAUUGUUUUGGGGGAAAAUGCCAAGAUCCGGACAGACAGUGCAUGGAGUUAUUUGGAAAAUUUGCUAAAGGUGCUGAUUAUCUGUGUUUACAAGAAGUGAAUAUUCAUGGAGAUUCCUUUGGAAACUGUGGAAGGACAUGUAACUUUGCCGAUAUUCUUUGUGGAAAGCUAGUUUGUCACUGGAUGCAUACACGUCUAGCGGUACCAUUGGCAGCUUAUGAUAUGCAAUAUACUUACUUUGGAGGCCAUGUAUGUAUAUCAGCAAGUAUGAGAAGUACUGCUCCUGAAACGAGAACCUAUGUAGGUGAUGGCACUGCAUGUGAAGAAGGAAGAUUCUGUUAUGGAAGAUAUUGCAAACUUACCCAUACUUACAACAAUUCAGUAACCUGUAAUUCAGCUCGGAAAUGCCGUGGACAUGGGAUUUGUAACACUAGAGGCAAUUGUCAGUGUGAUGUUGGAUAUGCCCCUCCUUCUUGUCAAUCAUCACUGUCAUCCCCAGGAGGAAGCAUGGAUGAUGGGUAUUGGAUUUUGAGUAAAGUAAAACUUGCGAACCUGCCAGAAAGAAGACCGCGCCCCGCAGCUCGGAAAAACGGCGUCUUGAUCGGUUUUUGCAUUUUCCUGCCUUUCCUUGUUUUAAUUGCCAUCUUUGCCCUGAAGCGGAAUAAGAUAAGAUUUCCUGUAAGAGAGGAAACAGUAAGUGAAGGAUCAGUAUCAGAUGAAAGCAGCAGUGACAGCAACAAGUCAUACACAGAGUUAAAGCUUAUGAUGCAGAGUUCUGAACACAUCGUCAGUUGGUAUCCAGAAGAUUUUUCCAUCUCUACAGGGGCCAGUAGUGUGGCCCGUUGCUUUGCCAAAGUGGUGUAA